AUGACGACUAGCGAUGAAAUGGGCAUGGGCGGCAACUUCUGCCACGACCACAUCCAGCAUCCGCUGAUGUGGUGCGACGAGAAGAAGCGUCUGGUGGAGCGCAAGAAUGCGGAGGAGAGUCUUCGCAUGUGGCGGCGCAGGAAGGCGGAGGAGUGUGCUCGCAAGGAGAAGGACAAGCAGGAGUACUACGACCUGUUUCACCAACAUUGUCCUUGGGGUCGACCUGGUGGUGGUGCACCCAACGUAGAAGUGCGCCGCAAGGACAUCACAGCCGUAGGCCUUCACUCCACGCCCACAGUGACCAAUGCCCACCGAAUGAAUCUGCUGCAGCCGUGCCGCUACAACGACUUCUUCUCCAUGCAGAAAAAGUGCCACAACAACCCGCUGGCCGCCUACCAUCACCACCACCAUCACGCACCGCCCGCCCCACCGCCGGGUGGUCGACUGGGCCACGCCCACUCGGUUCAUCACCUGCAGGAGAGUGGUCCCAGGAGCAGCACCGUAACCAUUUGCGAGCGGGAGAUUCCCCACAAGCCCGGAGCGGGAGUUGGCGUCAAUGUGGCCAAAAACGCCAACGGCCAUGUGGACAUAGAAUUGCGAUACAAGCCCUCUCCACCGUGCAAGGGCAAGCCGCUCCUGGAGAAGAUCGUGGUUAGCGAGAGUGAACAGCGGUGUCCUUUGCAGGAAAAGCUGGCCACUCAGAAGAAGCGCCUGCAGGCCAAACUAGAAAAGCCGCCCUGCAAGGAGCCCUGGGGCAAGGCGGGUCCGGGCGGCAAGCCCUGGCGGAGUCCCAAGGAAGUGGGCCACACAUUCAUGAAGUCUCUGGGUUGGACGAACAAGGAGAUGCUGAAGGAGUUGGACCAGGAUAACCCGGUGACUCCGGCGGAGAAGAACACCUUUCGCAAGUCUCGACCGGGCAAGCCACCGAAACCACAGCGCUGCUGUGAGAUGUGCACUUGCAACUGUCCCGCCAUGCAAAACAGUCCGCCCAAGCCGUCGCCACUUGCACUGCCCAUUCCGCCGGGAAAGAAGUGUCCGGGUCCGCCAGUUCCGCCAGGUCCGCCGCCCGGAAAGAUGCUGCACCACUUGAAGCCGCAAGACUGCGGCGGCAAGCCCGUCAGGCUGUGCCCCCGCAUGGCCUCCAGAGCUCCCUGCCCCGGGAGCACCAGUACCGCCACACCGGAUGCCAGUACGGCGGGAGGAAACGGAGGACCCUAUGCCGAGGGUGGCGGGGUGGAGCUGGUUCCCCUGCUGGCCAGAAGGCGUGGCAUGCACCGUCCCAUCAGUCUCUCCAGCACGGACGUGACCAAGAGGACGCCGUCGCACGAUAGGUACGCAUCCAAGCACAAGCAUCCACCAAAGAACUGUCAGCUGACCACCACCAAGAUCAAGUGCAUCAACAGCAUCAUCAAGAACAUCAGCCACAUGAAGCGGCUGCCCAAGAAUCUGAACUGCAAGCUGCAGUGUUGCAGUUGCGAUUGCCCCACGGCCUUGGCCACGGGCUGCUGCCUCAAGCGGCUGACCCUGCACAUUCGCCAGGCUUGAAAACGUUCCACGUUCCUUCAGAACUGAUCCCCUCCUGCUUUCAUAGUACCAUUCCAUCUCCCUCCUCCCUCCGUUUCCGUUACCGUUUCUCAUUUGCUUGCUCUGCGCGCGCUAGACAUUGAAACGAAAGUCCGC